AGGCUGCUACGCGCGGCUGUUUUCUCGGCUCCGGCCCGGCCGGCUGUGCUAUGGCGGCUCCGUCGCUCUUUGGAGUCGGUGUGGCGGCGGCGGCGGCUCUAGUCGGGUACCCGUUUCUCUCACCACAGCAAGGGCCGCCUUCUCCGCUUCCUCAAACGCGGGGGACGGCGGCUCGGGGGUUAAAGCCCCGGACACUUCCUUGUUCGUGCCGCUCCCGUUGCCCCCUUCGACGCCUGGCCCGGAGGGGGAUGUGGGGGCCGAGCUCACGCGCCCGCUCAACAAGAGUGACGUAUUGAAAGUAUUAAAUAAAUUUUACAAGAGGAAAGAAGUACAAAGACUGGGGGCAGAAAAUGGACUAGAUGCUCGUCUUUUUCAUCAAGCAUUUAUAAGCUUUAGGAAAUACAUUAUGGAGUCUAAUUACUUGAGUCCUGAUGUGCACAUUACUCUAAAUGAUAUAUGCUGUAAUGCAGGGCACGUUGAUGAUCUCUUUCCAUUUUUCAUGAAACAUGCUAAGCAGAUCUUUCCAAUGUUGGAGUGUAUGGAUGAUCUGCGUAAAAUCAGUGACUUAAGAUUGCCUCCCAACUGGUAUCCAGAAGCCAGGGCUAUCCAAAGAAAAAUUGUGUUUCAUGCUGGCCCUACAAAUAGCGGAAAAACCUAUCAUGCAAUCCAGAGAUAUUUAACAGGAAAAUCGGGAAUAUACUGUGGCCCUUUAAAGCUUCUGGCACAUGAGAUCUUCCAAAAGAGUAAUGAUGCUAACGUGCCGUGUGACUUGGUCACUGGGGAAGAACGAGUCUGUGUUGAUCCUGAAGGCCGACCAGCUGCCCAUGUUGCUUGCACCAUUGAGAUGUGCAGUGUUACCACCCCCUAUGAAGUGGCUGUGAUUGAUGAAAUUCAGAUGAUUAAAGAUCAUUCCAGAGGUUGGGCUUGGACGCGAGCACUCUUGGGACUCUGUGCAGAAGAAAUCCAUGUUUGCGGUGAAGCUGCUGCUAUUAACUUGGUGACAGAGCUCAUGUAUACUACAGGGGAGGAGGUUGAGGUGAGAAACUACAAGAGGCUUACCCCUAUAAAAGUGCUAGAUGAGGCACUUGAAUCUCUAGAUAAGCUUCGCCCUGGAGACUGCAUUGUCUGUUUCAGUAAGAAUGAUAUUUAUGCAGUGAGUCGGCAAAUCGAAGCGCGGGGCCUGGAAUGUGCUGUCAUAUAUGGAAGCCUACCGCCUGGAACAAAACUGACCCAGGCAAAGAAAUUCAACGAUCCUGAUGACCCGUGUAAAAUCAUGGUUGCUACGGAUGCAAUUGGAAUGGGACUCAAUUUGAGCAUAAAAAGAAUCAUUUUUAACUCCCUCAUUAAGCCAACGGUCAAUGAAAAGGGCGAAAAGGAAAUGGAUACAAUUACGACUUCCCAAGCUCUGCAAAUUUCUGGCCGAGCUGGGAGAUAUAGCACAGCGUUUAAGGAAGGGGAAGUCACCACCAUGCAUCGAGAUGACCUUCCUUUGUUAAAGGAGAUCUUGAGUAAACCGGUGGACUCCAUAGUGGCUGCUGGCUUGCAUCCGAUUGCUGAGCAGAUUGAAAUGUUUGCCUAUCAUCUUCCUGAUGCCACUCUCUCAAACCUAGUUGAUAUUUUUGUGAGUCUCUCUCAAGUCGAUGGCCUCUACUUUGUCUGCAAUGUUGAAGACUUCAAGUUUCUAGCCGAUAUGAUUCAGCAUAUUCAACUUAACUUGAGGUCCAGGUACGUCUUCUGCACAGCACCCAUCAACAAAAAGCAGCCGUACGUGUGCACCUCUCUCUUGAAGUUUGCCCGGCAAUUCAGCAGGAACGAACCUUUGUCGUUUGACUGGCUCUGCAGGCAUAUUAAUUGGCCCCUGACCCCACCCAGGAACAUAAAGGAGCUUGUACAUCUUGAAGCCGUCCACGACGUCCUCGAUCUCUAUCUCUGGCUGAGCUACCGGUUUAUGGACAUGUUCCCAGAUGCUACCCUUGUGAGGGACAUCCAGAAGGAACUGGAUGACAUCAUACAAAUUGGGGUGCUCAACAUUACAAGACUGAUCAGAGCUUCCCAAGCCACUUCCGGGACUGUCGUUGUGCCAGACGAUUUCCCUCUUCAGAGGGCCAGCAUCAGCGAUGGGAUGCUCAAUGCAGAAGACCUCCCCCAGGAUGCCGGAAAGCCUUGCCCAAGUGAAGUCAAGGCCCAAGGGCAGCGAAGAGCGAGGGGAUCUAAAGCGGCGAGCUCUAGGCCUGCUGACACCCAGGUCCGAGUCCAGGGUGCUCUGGCCGCUAGACUAAUCCAGCAGGGACUCCUCACCCAGGACAUGCUGACACAAUUGGAGCAUGAGUGGCUAUCUCAUCGCAAAGGGGAUGCCAGCAAGGCAGCUGAAGACACAGGCCCAAACAAAGUCAAAGGGAAGAAAAAGUAAAAUAUCAUCACCAAAUAAAAAAAUACAUAUAACGAGCGCUUUGUCUUUUGAUCAUGUAUGUAUAGAUUUUUUUUUAUUCUUACUAUAAACAGUGAAAAAAUGACCA